AUGGACAUUAAGGGUGCAGUACUCGCCGUCCAUGUCGUUUUAUCGACAAGACGCAUCCAAUAUGCUGUUGGCGGCCGCUAUGCCAUCGAAGUCCUCUAUUCCACUGGUCCCGAUGGCCCGGAGUACGAUACUCCCCUAAAUACCCUCACAGUCUUUGUGGACUGCGAAAAGGAAUAUGUUGUCAAUGCCCUCAUCAACUCGAAUCAGCCUUUCGGCUUAACUUCUGUCAUGGGCCUCGUGUACGAUCCUGAUGUGGAAUACAUUAGCGCGGACCCGAUAUAUAUCGAAGUCCUCCAGAGCCAAAGAGAUCCAUAUUACUUUCCCUGGAUCUCGUGGGCACCGAAGCUACGACGCCCGAUAAAUUCCAUACUCGACAUAUAUGUUCUGCACCCAAAAGUGUUCGUCAUCAUCAUGGCACGUCUUUGGAAUUUCACCCCCCGCGAAAGCGACGCAAUGAGGUACUUGGCGGACGUCAGGCUCUUACUUCGCUGGUUAGCCCAAGAGUCACUCGAAAUUGACUUUGCCUGCUAUCGUGGGACUCCCAAACCCAACCUGCUGAGGACGUUCGGUUCAUUGUAUGCGCUGCAUGACGACGUGAGGGAGCUUUUGCGAAACACGAUGAAGCCUGCAGAUUUGGUUCUUGCUAGGGACUUUGAUCUUUACUUCUGAAAAGAUCGGAAUUUGGUAUCUCUUUUCAGAAAUUGGCAAGGGUUCUGGUUAGGCGGCGGUAGGACCGGUGAUGGGAAUACUUUAAGAGAAAUUUUUUUUCUUUUUAAAAACAAA